AUGACAAUAACAAUGUAUCGUAAUUUUAAUAACUAUGAACCAUGUAUUUUCCUUCUACAACGUUUGGUAAAUGUCGAAUAUUUAACAUUAUUAUUAGCUAUAGGUGUACAAGGUACUACACCCAAUCAUUUUAUUGAUGGAUUUUUCUUAGAGAGAAAUAUUCUUUCAUAUAUGCCUCGUUUACGUCAAUUUAAUUAUCAUAUUCGUUCAAUAUUAAAAAAUGCUUCUCAUAUAACAAUUGACCAAAUUCGUCAAAGUUUUUUCAAACACCAACGCCCGUUUGAUUGUGUACUCGAUAAUUUUAAUAAUAACUAUGGACAAUGUCAAAUCUAUUCAAUUCCAUUUAUUGGUACUCGUCUUGAUUUUGUCUCAAAUCGAUUUCCACUCUUUGACAUUAAUAAGACAUUUUCAAAUGUUACUAUCUUAUUACUUUUUGAUGAUAUCAAACCUUUCGAAAGUGUUUUCUUUGAACGUGUUGCUCGAGCUUUACCUCGACUUCGAACACUCGAGAUAUUUAAUCAACUUGAACAACAAGAAAAAACGACAACAGAGAAAAUUAACAUUGACUUUGCUCAUUUAACUGUACUAAUUUUAAAUGAUAUUCAUAUGGAUUAUGCUCAACAAUUUCUUUGUCAAAUUUAUCUUCCGUCUCUAAUCGAACUCGCUAUUAACAAGGAUAUUUUGUUGACAAUAAUCGAUCAAAACCAACAACAAGCAAGAGACAAUUGUUGUAGAGUAGGAACACUACUAACAUCUGAACCAUUCUAUGAAUCAAUAGAUAUUAUUGAAAACUUUUUUCCACUAGCUUACUAUGGCAAGCAUUCAAAUGAACGAAAACAAUAA